GGCGGCAGGAGGAGGAGGGGGCGGGGCUUCACCUGCCCACACCUGCAGAGUGUCUGAAGGCUGAAGGAGGAAAAGCGGAGAAAGAAGAAACGGAGAAAAUGUUGCUGAGAUCAACAGAAACAUUCUGACCGUCGGACCCGAAACCAGCUGAUCCGGACCCGCUAGAUCCGGGAUCAGGACCCGCUCACCUGGACCACCUGGACCACCUGGAUCCGGAUCCACCUGAGACUCAAGAUUUCUUAACUUUUCCCUGAAGCAGGAAGUGAAGCCGCAGACAUGGGCAGCAAGGAGCGCUACCAUUGGCUGGCUCAGAACGUGAAGGUGAGCGGCGUGGACGACAUGGUUCUCCUGUCCAAGAUCAGCGAGGACGCCAUCACCGACAACCUGAAGAAGAGAUACAUGGACGACUACAUCUUCACCUACAUCGGUUCCGUUCUGAUCUCUGUGAAUCCGUUCAAACAGCUUCCGUACUUCAGCGACAGAGAAGUGGAGCUGUACCAGGGAGCUGCCCAGUACGAGAACCCGCCCCACAUCUACGCUCUGGCUGACAACAUGUACCGGAACAUGAUGAUUGACAGCGAGAACCAGUGUGUCAUCAUCAGUGGCGAGAGUGGAGCCGGAAAAACCGUCGCCGCCAAAUACAUCAUGAGCUACGUGUCCAAGGUGUCGGGAGGAGGAGACAAAGUCCAGCGAGUUAAAGACAUCAUCCUGCAGUCCAACCCGCUGCUGGAAGCGUUCGGGAACGCCAAGACGGUCCGCAACAACAACUCCAGCAGAUUUGGUAAAUACUUUGAGAUCCAGUUCAGUCGUGGUGGAGCUCCAGACGGAGGAAAGAUCUCCAACUUCCUGCUGGAGAAAAGUCGAGUCGUCUCCCAGAAUCCUGGAGAGAGAAACUUCCACAUCUACUACCAGCUGCUGGAGGGGGCGACCUCGGAGCAGAGGGAGAACCUCGGGGUCACGACCCCGGACUACUACUUCUACCUCAACCAAUCAGGAACCUACACAGUGGAGGACAUCAACGACAAGAAGGAGUUCACCGACACCAUGGAGGCCAUGUCUGUGGUGGGUCUGUCUGUGGAGGAUCAGGAUUCAGUUCUUCAGAUCGUUGCAGGAAUUCUUCAUCUGGGAAACAUCAGCUUCAGAGAGGAGAACAACUACGCCGUGGUGGAGAGCCAGGACUUCCUGGCGUUCCCGUCCUUCCUGCUGGGGAUCCCUCAGGACGGUCUCUGCAGUAAGCUGACCAGCAGGAAUAUGGACAGUAAGUGGGGCGGCAAGACCGAGUCCAUCGCCGUCACCCUGAACACAGAGCAGGCCUGCUUCACCAGAGACGCCCUGUCCAAGGCCCUGUACACCCGGCUCUUCGACUUCCUGGUCGACUGUAUCAAUAAAGCUAUGCAGAAGGACCAGGAGGAGCUGAACAUCGGAGUCCUCGACAUCUACGGCUUCGAGAUCUUCCAGCGAAAUGGCUUCGAGCAGUUCUGCAUCAACUUUGUGAACGAGAAGCUGCAGCAGAUCUUCAUAGAACUCACACUGAAGGCAGAACAGGAGGAGUAUGUCCAGGAGGGGAUCCAGUGGAAGCCCAUCGAGUAUUUCAACAACAAGGUCGUCUGUGACCUCAUCGAGUCCAAACUGAAUCCUCCGGGGCUGAUGAGCGUCCUGGACGACGUGUGCGCUACGAUGCACGCUAAAGGCGAGGGGGCGGACCAGACGCUGCUGCAGAAGCUGCAGGGACAAAUCGGAUCGCACGAACACUUCAGCAGCUGGAACAAAGGAUUCAUCAUACACCACUACGCCGGGAAGGUGUCCUAUGACGUCAGUGGUUUCUGUGAGAGGAACAGAGACGUUUUGUUUAAUGACAUCAUCGAGCUGAUGCAGAGCAGCGAGUUUCCGUUCAUCAAAGCGCUGUUCCCUGAAAACCUGGAUGCAGAGAAGCGAGGGCGUCCGAGCACCGCUAGCAGUAAGAUCAAGAAACAAGCCAACAGUCUGGUCCAGACCCUGAUGAAGUGCACCCCCCACUACAUCCGCUGCAUCAAACCCAACGAGACCAAACGGCCCAGGGACUGGGAGGAGAACCGGGUCAAGCACCAGGUGGAGUACCUGGGCCUCCGGGAGAACAUCAGAGUCCGCCGGGCCGGAUACGCCUACCGCCGGGUCUUCAACAAGUUCCUGCAGAGGUACGCCAUCCUCACCAAGGAGACCUGGCCUCGCUGGACGGGCGACCAGCGCCAGGGAGUCAUGCACCUCCUCAACUCCGUCCACAUGGACCAGGACCAGUUCCAGCUGGGCAAGACCAAAGUCUUCAUCAAAGCUCCAGAGUCGCUCUUCCUGCUGGAGGAGAUGAGGGAGAGGAAGUACAACGGGUACGCUCGAGUCAUCCAGAAGGCGUGGCGCAAACACAUCGCCGUCCGCAAGUACGUCAAGAUGAGGGAGGAAGCCUCCGACGUGCUGCUGAACAAGAAGGAGCGCCGCAGGAACAGCAUCAACAGGAACUUUGUGGGCGACUACCUCGGGACCGACAACCACCCCGAGAUCAGGCAGUUCGUCGGACGCAGAGAGAGGAUCGACUUCGCCGACGUCGUGGUGAAGUUUGACCGAAGAUUCAGGACGGUGAAGCGAGACCUCAUCCUGACCCCGAAGUUCCUGUACCUGAUCGGUCGAGAGAAGGUGAAGCAGGGUCCAGAUAAAGGGCAGAUCCAGGAGGUUCUGAAGAGGAAGAUUGAGGUCAACAAGGUCCAGUCUGUUUCCCUGAGCACUCUGCAGGACGACUUCUUCAUCGUCCAUGAGGAAGAGUACGACAGCGUUCUCCAGAGUGUUUUUAAGACGGAGUUCCUCAGUCUGCUGGUGAAACGUUACGAGGAGAAAACUCAGAAGAAGUUGCCGCUCAAGUUCAACAACCUUCUGGAGUUUAAGGUGAAGAAGGGGGGCUGGGGUCCGUUCAGCUCCUCAGGGUCCAGACAGAUCCAGUUCCAGGCGGGUCAGGGGGACGAGGUGGUCCUGAAGCCCAGCGGGAAGGUCCUGCAGGUCUCCAUCGGACCGGGUCUGCCCAAGAACUCCAGACCGACGAGGAAGGACCGACGUAAGAGUCGCUACAUGUCCAACCAGGCUCCGCCCACCAGCCAGUACAGCUCAGCUCCUCGCUCCAGAGGGGGCGGGGCUCCCAGAGGGGGCGGGGCUCCCAGAGGGGGCGGGGCUCCCAGAGGCUCCCUGAUGAGGCAGCAGUCCAGCAUGGAUCAGCCCAGCCUGCCCCGCCUCCAGAACCAGCGCCGCCCCGACAACCAGAGCCACCAGAGCCACGACAUGGGCUUCAUGAACGUCCCCGACCAGGGCGCCGCGGGGCUGCAGCGGCGGCGGUCUAAGGAGGUGAAGCCUCUUCCUGGAGCGGGUCGCCCCAAACCGGCUCCCAAACCGAAGCCUCGCUCCCCUCAGUGCCGAGCGCUGUACGCCUACGACGCCCAGGACACCGACGAGCUCAGCUUCAACGCUGACGAGGUCAUCGAGAUACUCACUGAAGAUGCGUCUGGUUGGUGGUUCGGCCGGCUGCGGGGCAGAGAGGGAAUGUUCCCCGGCAACUACGUGGAGAAGAUCUAGACCCGCCCCCUUUAACCCGUCAGCUGAGACACGAGUUCAUUCAUAAACAAACAGCUUCCAGUCAGAGGUCAGGGGUCAGGGGUCAGCUCUGCCUGCUGGCUGACUCAGGGUCAGUUUAACCUCUCAGGUGGUUCUAAAGCAGCUCAGUCAGGCUGCAGCGUUUAUUACAAGUGUUAACAAACAUCCAACUGAAAAUAUAAAAAUAUAAAAUAACACCAGAAACUUUAAGAUAUGAAAUAAAUCUUUUUAUUAUUCUGAACAUUAAAACAUCUGCAGCUUUUAUUUCUCUUAAUCCAAAGAUAGAAUAGAAGAUAAAUAAUAAAGUAAAAUAUAUAAAUGAUCUUUAUGUUGCUCAGUCUGAAUGUUUUAUUAUUGUUUAUUAUUAUUAUUGUUGUUUUAGAGUUUCAUCAGCUGAACAAGCAACAAACAAUAAACAAUAAACUGAACCACAAACUGUUUGUCUGUUUCUGCUUUAAAUCAUUUUAAACACAAAUGUUGAGAUCCAUAAAACCUUUAACUGUUUUAAUGUCAAAAUUAUUACUGCUAAUACUACUACUACUGUUACUACU